GGGAUAACCACUGUUGACAGUAGUAGCGUUUACACGGUCCACAUUCUCAGUCAGUGUGACAUGCUUUUAGGUUGUUAGUUUCGCAGGGGCUGUACUUGUAAAACGAUUUCUGUUUGUUCUUAUCUCCAGCAUUUCCUAGUUGCCACUGGUGUUUACUGGCCAACGGACGUCAUUUGCAUUGGAACUUCAAACACGGAGUGUUCUAAUUUAGUGCCUAGGCUACGUUAUAAAAACGACUUCUGUGGCCGAUAGCUCUUUUUGGAGGGAACAUGGCUUCAAAUGGGAUAGAAAGUAUGCAGUUAGGGGAGGAUCAGAUCAAAAUUCUGGAGGAGAAUUUCAACAGAGUCAGCAAGCAUCCGGAUGAGUCGACACUCAUGUUAAUCGCAGCUGAAAGCGGACUAACCGAGGAAGAGACAGCGAAAUGGUUCAGGCUACGCAAUGCACGGUGGAGACAGGCGGAGGGCCUUCCAGCUCAACUGGGAUCAGUGAAAGACUGAAAUUGGAGUGGUGAAGGAAACCUCCCCCUCACCCCGUUGCUUCUGACUGAUUUGCCACGCCCUUACUGACCAACUCCCAGGACACAUCAACCACUCAUACCUUCCUUCCAUCAUUCUCUCUCCUUUGUAUCUAAGCUAUUUUCAUUUAGUGAAUGUGUGAAGUGUAAUGCGAGUCAAUGUUUUUUUGCCAAUAUAAUUGGCAUGUUUACAAAUAAUAAUAAAUAAACAAACAUAUAUUAUAAA